UCCUAGGAGUGUCAUGCAACAACUAAAAAUUUUCAUGUGAAAACAGAAAAUGGCUUCAAGAGGAACAACAGAGACCAGUAAACUAAAACAAAACUUGGAAGAGCAGUUGGAUAGAUUAAUGCAACAGCUUCAAGAUCUGGAGGAAUGCAGAGAGGAGCUAGAUGCAGAUGAGUAUGAAGAGACCAAAAAAGAAACUCUAGAACAGCUGAGUGAGAUCAAUGACUCCCUGAAGAAGAUUAUGUCUGGGGAUAUGACUUUGGUGGAUGAGCUCAGCGGGAUGCAACUGGCAAUACAAGCAGCCAUCAGCCAAGCAUUUAAAACUCCAGAAGUAAUUAGAAUGUUUGCAAAGAAACAACCAAGGCAAUUGAGGACAAGGUUGGCAGAGAUGGACCGAGACUUAAUGGUUGGGAAGUUGGGACGAGACCUAUACACACAGCAGAAAGUGGAAAUCCUGACUGCCCUCAGAAAGCUUGGUGAGAAGCUCACUCAAGAUGAUGAGAUGUUCUUGUCAGCAAAUGCUGGUACAGCCUUGAGCCAGUUUGAGAGAGUCUCCACUGACCUUGGAUCUGGAGACAAAGUCUUUGCUCUAGCAAGUUUUGAAGUAGAAAAGGCAAAACAAUGAAGAGGUGCGUGAGGCUUGUGUCUCUCCAGUAAUCGGCAGCAUUGGACUUAUGUCAUAUUGCAUUUGUUUUUUUCUAUUUUUAACAUGUUGGGAAAAAAAAGAAAAGCAAAAACAAAAAACCCUAAACCCUCUUGGGUUCUUAACCAGAAGAUAUGAAGUAAACAGCCUUAAGUGCACUUUGGAACCUUGGUGUCUGUACCCCUUAGUAACAUAAGCUCUGAGGCUGAACACUAAGUGGUAUUCUAAAAACAAAAGCAUGGUAUGACUGUCUUUGGAAGGAAUCAGCUAUUUUGAACUUUUCUGAAUGUGUAUUUCUCUAACUAUUAAAACGUAAUCUUUUUGC